AUGUCAGAGAUCCUGUGCCAGUGGCUCAACCAAGAGUUGAAGGUGUCCCGGACCGUGAGCCCCAAGUCAUUCGCAAAGGCGUUUUCUAAUGGCUAUCUGAUUGGAGAAGUGCUGUUCAAGUUUGAACUUCAGAGUGAUUUUGCAGAGUUUUCAGAGAGCAGGGGCUCAACAGCCAAACUUAAUAAUUUCUCCCGCUUGCAACCAACACUUCACCUGCUGGGUGUGCAGUUUGAUCAGAAUGUGGCUCAAAGCAUCAUCACAGAGAAGCCUGGGGCAGCAACCAAACUUCUGUAUCAGUUGUACAUUGCUCUUCAGAAAAAGAAGAAAACAGGGCUGACUGGACUAGAGAUACAAACCAUGCAACCCCAGACAAACUUGAGGCUUCAGACCCUCAAAAGUGAGGCUUUUCGAGAGAGACUUAAAAACCUGAUACCACGGCAAACCGAUUUCAAUCUGAUGCGGGUCACAUGCAGGUUUCAAGAAAAGUGUAAACAAAUGAAAGAAGAUCUUGCCCGAAUGAAUUUUGAGAAGUUUGAAAAAAUUCAAAAACUUGAGGAAGAGCAAAGACACUUUAAUAUCGAAAAGCAACGCUUAAACAGAAGACGACAAAAUGAGAUAAUGGCCAAAAUCCAGGCAGCCAUUAUACAGAUCCCCAAGCCUGAAUCCAACCGUACUUUGAAAGCUAUUGAGGCUCAAAAACUGAUGAAAAAGAAAAAGGAGGCAGAGGACGUGGCCAAUGAGAUUAAGAAAUUUGAAGCACUAAUAAAAAAGGAUCUCCAAAUUAAGGAAAGUGUAUCCAAGACUUCUUUAGAAACAACAGACCAGACAACUGCAGAACUGCUCAAUACUUACUCAGAUGAUGACUACAUUAAGAAGAUCCAGAAACGCCUAGAAGAAGAUGCUUUCGCACGUGAGCAAAGGGAAAAAAGACGACGGAGGUUGUUGAUGGAUCAGCUAAUGGCUCAUGAAGCACAGGAGGAGGCCUAUCGGGAAGAGCAGCUCAUUCACCGGCUCAUGCGCCAGUCCCAGCAGGAGCGUAGGAUUGCUGUGCAGCUCAUGCAUGUUCGCCACGAGAAGGAAGUUCUGUGGCAAAAUAGAAUUUUCCGAGAGAAACAAUUUGAAGAAAGACGACUUAAGGAUUUCCAGGAUGCUCUUGAUAGAGAAGCGGCUCUAGCCAAACAAGCCAAGAUUGAUUUUGCAGAACAAACCUUGAGGGAGAAGGAAAUUCAUGAAAAGAUCUCUGUGGAAAGAGCCCAACAGCGUUAUGAGAAGCAUUAUGGGAUAUGUGCAGAGAUUUUGGAUCAAAUGCUUGAUUUGUGCACGAAGGUGGCAGACUAUAGGUUGCUGACAAAUAAUCUUAUUCCACAUAAGAUGAUGCACGAUUGGAAAGAACUGUUUUUUAGUGGAAUUCCCAUAUAUGAACAGACUUCUCUUACACAUGGACAAACAGAACCCACUGAGGAACACCGUGUAGAAAUGAAGAAAAGGAACUUACUCGAUAGCAAAGAUUAUGAAGAUUAUAAGAACAUGGUUGGAGAGUGGGCCUUACCGGAGGACAUGGCUAAUAGCUCACCACCCUCUAACAACAGCAUACUGGGUCACGUGCUUCUGAGAUUAAUUGAAAAAGCCGGUCCGUCUGCGAGUGAUGCUGAGGAUACUGAAUUACCCUCAUUUGCUGUUCAUGGCUGUAUCCUGGGGAAGACACUCAGUGGGAAAACUACCGUUCUAAAGUCUCUACAAAGUGACUUCCCUAUUCGUGUGCUUUCUAUUGAUACCCUUGUCCAAGAGGCUAUCCAGGCGUUUCAUGAAGGAGAAAAAAGCGGUAAAACACCACCAACUCGGGAAGAUGAUAAAAGAGAUUUUAUAGUGGACCAGGAAAAAAUGAGCAAAACUCAGGAUAAAAAUAUGUUAGCAGUUAGUCCAGUUCCAGGGGACACAACAUCCCAAAAAGAAGGUGUCAAGAUUAAUGAAUUGGAUCAGUUCAGAUCAAGUGAUAGCUUUUUAUCACUAAGCAUGCGAGCUCAACUUGGUGCAAAAUCAGAACUGAUGCUUAGAAGAGGAAAGAGCAUUCCAGACGUACUUCUUGUUGGCAUCCUGGUAAAUGCUAUAAAGGAGAUACCUGUGGACCAAAGCUGGGUUCUUGAUGGAUUUCCAAUGACAUUAAAUCAAGCCAAACUCCUGGAGGAAGCACUCACAGGGUACAAAAGAAAAUUCCUACAGUUAAAGAGGAAGAAAGAACAAAUGCCCACAUUGGCCCUAGACCCCUCAGCUUCCAAAGAGGUCUUUCUUCUCCCAUCUGCACUUGAUUUUGUCAUAUUGCUAGAUAUUUCCGAUAACUCAUCGCUGGCUCGCACUAAUGAUUUCAUAGCUAAAGAAAUCUCAAAUGAAAUUUCUCAUGAAAAUGUUCGCCGUCCUGGAACUGGUACAAGCGAAGAUAAGAGUGAGGACCGGAACUUAAGAGACCACAUACAGCACAGAAUUGUUGGCUUCUUGGACAACUGGCCAUUGUUGGAAGAGUGGUUUACAGAGCCAAAAAACAUUCUGACAAAAAUCAAUGCUGAAAUAGAUGAAGGGCUCUUAUGCCAGAAAGUAAAAGAAAUUUUUGCUACUGAAGCAGUAAACAAAAAGAUCAAAGUUGAAAAGACACUGGAAGAAAAGGAAACUGAGAAAAAGGCGGGGGCUCCCCAGGCUGAGCCUCCCACUAUGAGCCCUCCCCCUUCAUCUGAAGCAGAAAAAGACAAGGAGCUUCAUCAGGCAAAGACUCCUGGGAAAGGAAAGACACAAUCAGAAAUCCAGCAUGGUAAGCAAGAAUCUCAACCUGAAGGAAAAGGAAAGAAAGUUUCUCCUAAAGGAAAAGCACAAGGAGGCAAAGUUUCAGUAAAGAAAUCACCCGUUGGCUCAGCAGAAGUAUCACCCACACCAACAACAGCACCACCAUCAUCUAAGUCAGGAACAGAAGAACGGGUCUAUGUGAAUGAGCCUAUACCUGAGGAACUCCCUUCAUUUUUAGUACCUUACUGGGAACUGAUAGAGAAAUCCUACAUAAACCACAUCAAAACAGUACUUCGACAUCUCAGAGAAAGACAGCACAAUGUGCUUUCUUAUUUAUAUGAGACUAGGACAAGUUUCCAGGAGUUUCUACGGCGUCCAGAUCACAAGCAAGAUUUUGUAUCUCAGUGGCAGGCUGAUUUCAACUCUGUGCCUGAAGACCUGUGGGAAGAUGAGGAAACAAAGGCUGAGCUACACCAAAGAGUAAAUGAUCUGCGAGACCGCCUAUGGGACAUCUGCGAAGCGAGGAAGGAAGAGGCGGAACAGGAGAGGUUUGAUAUCAUUAAUGAGAGCUGGCUGCAGGACGCUAUCGGAAUCACAAUGAAUCACUUCUUUUCCCUGAUGCAGGCAGAAGUGAACCGUUUUCAAGAUACCAAAAGACUCCUUCAAGAUUAUUACAGAGCAAUGGAAUCCAAAAUCCCUCUGGAAGACAGUAAGAAAUUUACUCGGGUCCCAUUGGUUCAGCUUGAUGGUAAAGAAAUUUCAGAAAGCCAGCUCAGAAUUCCUCUAGUUCCUCGAAUAUCCAAUUCUCCAGAAAAUGUUACCAUCAAAUCAAAGGUGGGAGCAUUUCUGAAGGGCAGAUCCGAUCCCCCAUUAGAAGUUCUGGAAGCCAACUUUGAAAUAGAUGAGAAGAUUUUAUUGGACACCUGGCAGCAGGCUUCCUUAGCCAUCUCUAACAUGGUGGCUGCUGAAGUUCACCAAAGGCUCACAGAGGAAGAAAAAGAACCACCCCGACUAGAUUCCAAAGAAAAGUCUCCUCAAUCUGGUGCAAAUAAAAAAGCCAAGAAGGAGAAAGAAGCACCCAAGAAGAAAAAGACAGACAAGAAAGGAAAAGGUAAAUCAUCCCCAGUGGCAGAAGUCAGUCCAGUCACAGUCACACCUGAGGAAAUAGCUGAAAUGGAAAAGAGGAAUGAACUGAGGCUCAGGAUAAAGGAAGAGCAUCUUGCGGCCCUGCAGACAGAAGGCUAUCAGGAAGCUUUAGAAAAGAAGAAAAAGAAAGCAAAAGCUGUAAUUCAAAUUUCAAAGACUAGAAAGAAAAAUAGAUUGCAAAUUGGUAUGAUUGCCCAGGCUUUCCUCUCAGUACUCACACGACUGCAAGACCUGUUCUCCGACAUUCUCCCAGAGAGACUGUUUAGUAUAAAUCAAUAUGGAAUUUGGAAUAUUAGGAAUAGACCAAAGAUAGUGUAUGGAAAAGGAAUCAUUGCCAAUAUCCUCACUUACCGAACCAUAAUUAUACAGAAAUUGACCGAAGUAGCUCGCUACCACAUUGAAACAGCUACAAAAAUUCAAAAUGAGAUUUACUUAAACCAAGAAGACUUCUAUAUCAACGGAGAUAUAAAAGUCUUCCCAGAUCCUCCUCCACCAACCCGCCCACCACCUGUAGAAAAGGAAGAAAAUGGCACCCUAACAAUCGAACAGCUUGAUAAUCUUCGAGAUCAGUUCUUAGACAUGGCACCUAAAGGCAUAAUAGGAAAUAAAGCCUUCAGUGACAUUCUGCUUGAUUUGGUUACUCUAAACCUUGGAACAAAUAACUUCCCUAGCAGUUGGAUGCACCUCACCCAACCGGAUUUGCAGGAGAUCACAUCUUUAUUAACAGUCAACACAGAGUUUGUGGACUGGAGGAAGUUCUUGAUGGUCACAGCCAUGCCAUGGCCCAUGCCCCUGGAGGACGAGCUUCUGGACACCCUGCAGAGGUUCAAGGCCUUGGAUGAAGCACAGACAGGCACCAUCACCUUCGAACAGUAUAAGCAGGCUGGUCUAUGGUUUUCAGGAGAUGAAGAUAUAAAAAUUCCAGAAAAUCCCCUUGAGCCCUUGCCAUUCAAUCGACAGGAGCAUCUUAUAGAGUUCUUCUUUAGGCUGUUUGCUGACUGUGAGAAGGAUCCACCUCAGCUUGACUACACUCAGAUGCUGCUGUAUUUUGCGUGCCACCCGGACACUUUGGAAGGAGUCUACAGGGCCCUCAGUGUGGCUGUGGGGACUCACAUCUUCCGCCAGGUUGAAACUCCGAUGCUGACUGCAGAAAAGACCUCCAUCUCCACUGUGAGUCCCAUUGAGGAAUUCCCUGAGCCUGAAGAAAGUAGUGCAAAAGAGGACCGAGAACUGAAGGAGGAGAAAGAUGACCAAAAGGAAGAUGAAAUCCCUGAAAAUGCAAACACCGAAAAGAUUUCCAUGGAAACACUGCUCAAAGUGUUUGGAGGAGGAAAUGAAGUACUGGAUGCCAACAGAUUUGCCAGCUACCUAAAGACAGAGAAUAUUUAUGCAGAGAACUUCAUCAAGACUUUUCAGGACCUGGGUGCCAGGAAUCUGGAGCCAAUUGAAGUUAAUAUUCUCUUGAAGCAUCCUUACAUUCAAGACCUGAUUGCAAAUUAUGUGGACUAUAAAUUUCCUGACAUUAAAAUGAUUCUUCAAAGGAGUGAGCAUGCACAAGGCAGUGAUGGAGAAAGGUCACCCUCAAGACUUACAGACGAAAAGAAGUGA